AUGAACAGCUCUGAGUUGUAUUCGUCUGUUCUUGUCAACAGCACGAACAUUCAUUGUAAUGACGGAGUACCCGUACCCUCACAUACUUUAUCUUCACUAUCAGCGAACGGAAAAGCCAAGCGUCCCUAUUCUGGUUUGGAUGAAUAUGCUCCCAAAAGGCCAAAGUUGUCCCCCAAAGGUGAAGAAGAUGGAUCCGAUAGUGAUGACGACGUGGUCGUUGUCAAGAGCAGAGUGCGACGUCAAACAGUCUUCGGAGAGAUGGCUGCUGCGUCAAUAUGUCGUCCCAAUGGCGUACGGCAGAACAUGCUAUCCUCACAUUCCAUACUACGAUCAUUUGUCUCUUCCCAUAAAUCUGACGUAUAUCGAUGCUACUCCACGUUUGAAAGUACCGAUACUACCCUCCCAUAUGCAUGCUCGUACUCUCAUGGCGCAAAGAAUGGUGGCCGUCCCCUUAUCGCCGUGGCUACAGAGCAAGGGUCACUAAUAGUCGUUAACACUUUAAAAAGACGAGACUGGGACUACGAACCACAGCGAACCACCUAUCAACCACACAACAAUGGGGUAUUCGAUGUACAAUGGAGCAAUGACGAUUCCCUCUUAACAACAGCAUCUGGAGACAAGUCAAUCCGAGUAUCGUCUGUUGAAACUCAGAAAAGCCUCUAUGUGUUGCGAGGACAUAGUGGAACCGCGAAAUGUGUAGUAUGGGAUCCGACCCACGACGACCUACUAAGCUCAGGAGGAAGGGAUGGGUCGAUCUGCGUGUGGGAUCUGAGGCUCAACAGUAGUCAAAAUGCCGAAAACAAGACAUCUGUACUAUCACCGGUUCUCGUAAUUCCAGCAGCACAUGGCCAGGAUACUUCAAAAGGAAGGAAGAAGAAAGUGCUUCCAUUGCCAAAAAGCGUUACAGGCUUGAUCUAUCCUAAUAGCCAGCCCCAUGGUCUGAUAAGCAGUGGCUCCUCUGAUGGGAUUCUGCGUUUCUGGGACCUUCGUCUACCGACCGCAAUACCAAAUGGGAAAGGAUCAAACAAAACCGCCAAAUCUGCCGUUGCUCCUGUAUCUCUCUCCAUGCUAGAUCCCACAAUCAUGAACGGCACUCGACGUCCGCGUGGCAUCACUAGUCUGGCGAUGGGAGCAGGCCCUACUGCUGGCCUCAUAUUCGCAUCUGGCGCUGACUCGCAUCUACACACCUAUUCCCUUCCUUUUCUCAUGCCUCUAGGGUCAUACGGGCACCCUAACAUGCGCAUAAGCUCGUUCUAUGUUCAGGUGGCUGUCUCUCCAUGUGGUAGAUGGCUUGCAAGUGGCAGCUCAGACAAGGAUGGGAGCAUGUUCCUGUUUGAUGUCAGUAACGCAUCCAGGACGUUCGUUUCUCCUUCUACAAGGUCAGCGCCAGCAUGGUUACCAAACGGGGUGCAGUUACAAGGCCAAAAAGGCGAAAUAAGCGCUGUUGAUUGGGCGGAGGACAUGAUUGCAUCUUGCGCAGAUGACCACACAGUGCGGAUUUGGAGGCCAGAUGUGGAGGUGUACAAGAAAUGCAUUGCGGAGCCCGAGGAGCAGCGAUGGAAUUGGAGUUGGUCGACGCAAGGACAUGCAUGA